AUGGGUGGCUCUUUAUCACGCCUUUGGUCCCUUGUCUGGUCGAAGAAGGAGAUUCGGAUUUUGAUUCUCGGCCUUGACAAUGCUGGAAAGACAACUCUUCUCUACAGGCUGAAGAUUGGCGAGGUUGUCACAACUAUACCGACAAUUGGAUUCAACGUCGAGUCAGUUACAUACAAAAACUUGAACCUGAAUGUUUGGGAUCUUGGUGGUCAGACAUCGAUUCGCCCAUAUUGGCGGUGUUACUAUGCCAACACAGCUGCCGUCAUCUUCGUCAUCGACUCAACAGAUAUCGAGCGACUUGGGACUGCGGCGGACGAGCUAGCAGCUAUGCUGAACGAAGAAGAACUACGAGAUGCUGCGCUGCUGGUCUUUGCCAACAAGCAAGACCAGCCAGGAGCCAAAGGUGCCGGAGAAAUCUCCGAGGCCUUGAAGCUAGGUGAACUUCGAGACCGGAACUGGAGUAUUGUGGCUUGUUCCGCAAUUGACGGCAAGGGUAUCAAUGAAGGCAUGGAUUGGCUCGUGCAAACGAUUGAAGCUGAGAACGCGUAA